AGAAAUGAAGCCACAAGCAACUUGACCCUCUCCUUCUGCUGGCCUUGAUGUAGCUGUGUUGUUCCUCCUUUCUCAUGACAGUCGUGGACAGAGCCAAACCCUUGUCUUGAUCCCCAGUGAGAUUUCCUUCUGUUCUGCACUCCUCAUGGCAUUUUCUCUUUUUUUUCUCCAUCAGGGUAAGAAACAGGGGAACCAGAAUUAUAUGUAUCUACUUCUUCUGCCACUGAAAAGAGAGGAAAAACCUCACCUGAAUUUACAUGAAACAACUCACAUAAAAAAGGAAUAUAAAUAAACAGAACGUGGAUGGAGCUUCAGCCUUACUGACUAGUGUCAGUAGAUGUCAAAGAACUCAUACAGUAGGAAGACUAUAAAAACAUGGAUUGUAGAAAGAGCUUCCAAGUCAGCAGUCACCUGAGUUCCCAUCAAAGAACUCACACAGGGGAGAAACCAUAUAAAUGCAUGGAAUGUGGAAAGAGUUUCACUGCCAGCAGUGGUCUCAGUUACCAUCAAAGAACUCACACUGGGGAGAAACCAUAUAAAUGCAUGCAAUGUGGAAAGAGUUUCACUGAUAGCAGUGGUCUCAGUUCACAUCAAAGAGCUCACACAGGGGAGAAACCAUAUAACUGUAUGGAAUGUGGAAAGAGUUUCAGUGGGAACUGCCACCUGAGUUCCCAUCAAAGAACUCACACUGGGGAGAAACCUUAUAAAUGUAUGGAAUGGGGAAAGAGCUUCAAUCGGAACUGUCACCUUACUUCCCAUCAAAGAACUCACACUGGGGAGAAACCUUAUAAAUGUAUGGAAUGGGGAAAGAGCUUCAAUCGGAACUGUCACCUUACUUCCCAUCAAAGAACUCACACUGGGGAGAAACCUUAUAAAUGUAUGGAAUGGGGAAAGAGCUUCAAUCGGAACUGUCACCUUACUUCCCAUCAAAGAACUCACACAGAAGAGAAUCCAUAUAAGUGUGCGGAAUGUGGAAAGAGUUUCAGUUGGAACUGCCACCUGAGUUCCCAUCAAAGAACUCACACAGGGGAGAAACCAUAUAAAUGUAUGGAAUGUGGAAAGAGCUUCAGUCGGAACUGUCACCUUAGUUCCCAUCAAAGAACUCACACAGGAGAGAAUCCAUAUAAGUGUGCGGAAUGUGGAAAGAGUUUCAGUUGGAACUGCCACCUGAGUUCCCAUCAAAGAACUCACACUGGGGAGAAACCUUAUAAAUGUAUGGAAUGUGGAAAGAGCUUCACUCGGGGCUGUAAUCUGAGUUCCCAUCAAAGAACUCACAAUGGGGAGAACCCAUUUAAAUGUAUGGAAUGUGAAAAAAGCUUCAGUGACAGUGGAUCAUAUACUAAACAUCAAAUAACUCACAAAGGGGAGAAACCAUAUAAAUGCAUUGAAUGUGGGAAGAGCUUCAUUUACAGCAGUUCCCUGAGAUGUCAUCAAAGAACUCACACAGGGGAGAAACCAUAUAAAUGCAUUGAAUGUGGAAAGAGUUUCAUUCAUAUCAGUAACCUGAAUUCCCAUCAACGAACUCACACAGGGGAAAAACCGUAUAAAUGCAUGGAAUGUGGAAAGAGCUUCAGUGACAGGGGAUCAUAUACUAAACAUCAUAGAACUCACACAGGGGAGAAACCAUAUAAAUGCAUGGAAUGUGGAAAGAGCUUCAGUGACAGGGGAUCAUAUACUAAACAUCAUAGAAUUCACACAGGGGAGAAACCAUAUAAAUGUAUGGAGUGUGGAAAGACCUUCACUCAGAGCUGUAACUUUAGUUUGCAUCUAAGAACUCACACAGGAGAGAAACCAUAUGCGUGAAUGCAUUGAAUAUGGAAAGAGCUUCAGUCAGAAGUUUACCCUGAGUUCCCAUCGAAGAACUCACACUGGGGAGAAACCCUAAAAGUGUGCAGAAUGUGGAAAGAGCUUCAGUGAUAGGAGGUCAUAUACUGGACAUUAAAGAACUCACACAGGAGAAACCGUAUAUAGUGGGCCCUCGAGUUACGAACUUUAUCCGU